GAGCCGGAAGCCGGCGGCGGAAGCGGCGGAGCGGUGUCCGUGUGCGCGCUGUUGCCGUUGCUGGCCGCGGCAGCGGGGCGCGGGGGCGCCUGGCGGGGCGGAGCCAUUGGAUCAGGGGCGUGUGUCCGCCCUCCCCUCCCCUCCCCUCCCCUCCCCUCCCGGCCGGGCCGGGCCCGGCCCAUCCCGUCCGUCGGCCGAGACAGGUUUUGCUUUUCUCCGUCACGAAGUCCUCACCUUAUCGUCAGUCCUAACAAACAGAGAGCAUCAGCUACAUUUUACUGGAAAGAAUUCUCUUCCCGUGGUGACUUAAAGAUGGAUUCUCCCAAAGAACCUCAGCCUACAGGAGAGUUCAAAUGUCAGCUAUGUGGCUUAACAGUUCCAUACACGUACUAUGGACAGAAACCACCAAACACACGCUCUAUCGAGCUUUUGGAAGACUGCUAUGUCAUGAAGGAUCCUUUCACACCUGACAAAGAAAAAAUCCUCAUCCUUGGGUCUCUGUGCAGUUUGUGUGGCCGAUCAGUGUGCGUUGGUACAGAGUGUAGUCUGUUCUAUUCCAAAAGGUUCUGUCUCCCCUGUGUGAAUGAAAACCUACAGUCUUUUCCUUUGGAAAUACAAGAAGAUAUGGAUAAAAGAAAGCCCCAGCAAAAAUCCUUCCCUGGUAAAAAUAUGGAUACAAGAACAUAAAUACUGAAGGACAAGAGAGAGAGAGACAGUUCUUUGGCUUAGCUUUCUGCUCUCUCCUUUUUAAGACUAUCAUGUUGCUCCUUUUAAAGAAGUGACCUUUAUCAGCUCACUACUACAGAAAAGUGACCUAUUUCCUUACAGCUGGCUUGGCUUCAAGCAUCAUCAUGCAGCAGUUGCAGCACCAGCAGUAACGCCUUAAGGUGUUGAAAAGUUAGAAAGGCAGACAAGCCUGUUGUCACAUGUCAAAUGCAUGUAGUAAAAAACUAAACAGUGUUAAAGUAUAGGAACUAUGUCCAAAUUUCUCAUUUGUUAUUUUACUGUUUUGUAUUGUUCUUGACACUCCUACAGUGUUAUGAAAAAUCAGAGAGAUUUAUCCAUUUGGUAUAUGUCCAAGAAAGUUAAUAUAUACCAAGUGUUAACCUGACAACGCUAGCUUGGUAAGAUUACAGUAGGAAAUGAAUUCAAAGCUUUAUUUUUUAAGUCUAAAAUAAAACUGUUGGGAGAAAAUGUCAUAGAUACCCACAGAAAUACCUAGAUUCAGGAUCCUAAUCUCAGUAGUAUCACAGCAUUAAGACUUCUGAGGGUGAGAGCAUUUAUAAUGUAAUAAAAAAAUUUUAAAUGUGAUGCAAGUCUGCAGUCACUUUAUACUCAAUCUUCCAGCCCAUGUCUGCACAGCAAUAGGAGAUGUUAAGGACCCUUACUACGUCUAGCUUAAUCUGGAAAUAGAAAGGUUCAGCUCCUAAGUUCAAUUCUUUCCUAAACUGGGCAAUUGAACAGCUACAGUAGGGAUCUGAGGAACAGUUUCAGUCAAAAGAAGAAAAGAAAAAAGCAUUAAAAAAUUGUUAGGGAAAAAGCAGUUUGUUUAGUUUAAAUAUUAGUUUCAUGAUUACCUGUGUUGACAUUGACUUAAUUACAAGGAAAAUUUAAAUUUAAAACUGUGUAUCUGUUAAAAAGCAAUCAACAUAAUGAGAUAUUUUAAGUUCUUUAAGACUUUCUAAUGUCUUAAAAUCCUUCAUUCUCUUUUUACUGAGCCCAGGAUAUUGGUUUCCCCUGUUGGAGACUGGAAUUUCUUGCAGUUAGUAAGAGUAGCAAUGAUGGACCUGUUAGUACAUUUUUCAAGCUCUGGUUGCUUUAAGACAUAAAAAACAUGUGCAUCAUUAAUUACCUAAAAAAGUUACAUGUUAGAACUUAGUAUUUCAGAGUCCUUUCUGUAUUAUUCUGUAUUAUUCUGUAUUAUUCACUUUCAAAGAAAGUGAUAUAAAACUUAUUUAAAAUGAAUAGUAUUAAACUUCAGUUUCAUGUUAGGCACCCCUCCUCCCCACUUUAAAAGUUGUAGUGUAUCCUCUUUGUACAAAUAACAGAGGCAUAUCCGAUGAUCAAAUCAGAAUUCUGAAGAGUGAGGUGCUAUAAAUGGAAUCAUAUUGCCUUUCCAUCUUAAAAUUGUAGGCAUAAGCUGACAAAAACCAACAUACUUACGUGAAAUCAUAUCAUGUGUUUAUACCGGCAAAUGGCUUUCUCAAACAUUAUCUAAGUGUUUAUUUCCUUUAUUUCACAAUGUUUGCAACAGGUUGUAUUUUAACUCUCAGCCUGAAAGUAGGUUUUAAAAGCUUGGCUAGAGCAGUUCACACCUCAGUAAGAAUGUGCCUUUGGGUAGUAUGGCGUGCAGGCAUGCCAAGGGCCUGGAAGGUGUACCCACUGUGUGCUGGGAAGGCGCUCUCUGGUCUCUGAGCUGUUUUCCCUCCCAUUUAACCUUCUCUGUGCCUUUUAAGGAAAGUGCAGUUAACUCAUUUAUUCAUAAUUAUUAUCUUUGCAAUCACAAUCUAAGAAUCAUUUAAAUCCCUCAGAAAUUACUCUACCUUUAAGUACUUAAGUUCAGCUGGAGGGGGGAGUAGAAUCCGUAUUAAAGGGGGCAAAAAUCUGAAACUACACAAUCUGAUUUGGCCCUGUACACCUAGUUUGUUUAAGUACAGUACAACAGAAAAUGCUACGUUAAGGAUACCUCUGCUUCACAGUUACCUGGUUACACACACCUUUUAGGUGAAGAAAAACUUACUUCCAAGCAAGUACCACAAAAUGGUGCAGUAGCCCAGAUUUGUCAGAUAAGUUGUCAUCUGUGGUCCACGCAUUAGGGAAAGAAGGCUGACCUACAUAUAAUUCGGUAAAGGGUUAUUACCUGUGCCCAACUAUUAAAACUUGUGUAUUCUGCAUUCUAAUAUUCCCAACUGAACACGGGCAUUAUGGUCUCUCUAUCAUAAUGUUUUAGUAUGUAUGUGAUUUUACAGACCAAAUGCCAUCAUGUCUAAACUUACCAGCUAUGAGGCCCUCUUUUCAAGAUAUGCAGAGCCUUUACAACUUGGUUUUAUCAGGUUCCCCGAGUACUUUCUGCUGCUGAAAACCAGACCCUCAAUGCUCCAA